GGAGCUAUUUUACGUAGCUAGUUAGCUCAGGACGUACUAUAAUCUAUUGUAUAUCUAUAUAUAUGGGUAGGAGAAAUGAUGAUGAUCAUGAUGAUGAAUAGCUGCUGCACUUCUUGUACUAGUGCUUCUACUUUCACCGCGCUCCUUGCAGCAACAACCGCCACCACCACCAGCUGCUGCCUUCGCCGUCGCCAAACCAAAGCUGCUGCUGCUAGUAAAUCAGUAUUUUUCAUCUCCAAUCCUUUUAGCACUGCGUCUUCCUUCCAAGAUUCACACCAUCCUUUUUUACUGCGUGUAACAAAUGAUCAGGGCAGGGCUGAAUUGUGUGACUCUGAUAAAGAGUAUCUGAGAUCAGAGGCUGAUAGAAUUGUAGAUGGGUUGAAUUUUGGGGAGCUUUGCAAUGAGUUUGAGUGCAUUAGCAGCCCCUUGGUCGAGUCCACUGCUCGGCAGCUUGUCCGCGACAUCCUUGAGCUUCGCGAAGGCAAUCGUGCCCUUGGAACCUUUGCUCUUUCCGUUCAAUACAAGGACCCCGUUAGAAGUUUUAGUGGUCGUGACAAGUACAAGAGACCACUCUGGAUAACCACUGCACUGGAGAAGCCUUCUGUGAGUGUUCAAGAAAUGAGCAUGUUAUCGACCAGUGUGCUAAGUAUCAAAUGGACAGUCAAAGGCAAACCCAAGAACAUUCCAGUAGGAGAUUUGAUUGUAAAAAUCAACUCCCAAUUCACUCUGAACCAGAUCAGUGGCCAAGUGACUCAACAUGAAGAGUUUUGGGAUUUAUCAGCUUCUUCAUUCAUUUCACAAGCCUAUUUCUGGACGUCGCGUCGUCUGUUUGCAGCAAUUGAGGGUGGAAAAGACUUGACUGAUGCAGUUAAAAGUCUUUCCAGCCGCUUCCCAACAGAAAAACAGAACAUGGAAAUUUUUCGCGACCCUUCUGGUGAUCCAACCAAGUUCUUCCAAAGGGACGACGGUUUCCAAAGAGAUGUGUAUCAAUUUGCUCUGUUCGUGGCACUAAUCUAUUUUGUUGUACAGCUUUUAAAAAUAACCUUGUAAGUAUUUGUGUUAUACAUCAAUCUUGUUGUAUGAAUACUGUAUCAUGUAUAAUCAGCAAUAUAUCACAU